AUGUCAAUCCGCCAAUGGAAAGCUGCCAUUUGCCAGGCUGAGCCUUGUUGGUUCGACAAAGUUGCAGGCAUCGCAAAAUCUAUAAGGCUCAUCCGUGAAGCCAGCCAGAAUGGCGCUUCUCUCAUCGCCUUCUCAGAAGUAUGGAUUCCAGGAUACCCCAACUUCUUGUGGUCCGGUACCUACAGGGAGAAUUUGCCUUUGGUGCAGAAGUACAUGCAAAAUAGUAUGUCAGCCUAUGGGGAUGAAAUGCUUCAGAUUCGCCAGGCUGCGGCAGCCGCAAAGAUAUAUGUGUCCUUCGGCUUCAGCGAGCGUGUUGGCGCAUCGCUGUAUCUUGCUCAGAUUUUCAUCGGCCCUGAUGGAAAUAUCCUCCUUCACCGCCGCAAAACAAAGCCCACGCAUGUCGAAAGGACAAUAUUCGGCGACUCCACUGGAGAUUCCCUUACUACCGUGGCGGACACACCCCUGGGAAAGAUUGGGAUGCUGAACUGUUGGGAGCACUUCCAACCACUCCUCAAGUAUCACACUUAUUGUCAGGGUGAACAAGUUCACAUCGCUGCCUGGCCAUUUAAUGCAUCAUACACAGAGAAUGCAUUAGAGCCCUUCUCCGUCUUCUCCGAGGCCAAUGAGGUCACAGCUAGUCGAAUGUACGCCAUGGAAGGAGCUGUAUAUGUCCUUGUCACCAAUCAGCCAUUGUCAGCUGAAGGAGCUAGAUUAAACAGCGAGGGUCAGGGUAAUGCAGACAAAGAUGGGUUCAUGCUUGCUGGCGGUGGAGGUCGUGCCGCAGUUUUCGGUCCCGAUGGGAAACAGCUCACUGAGCCUACGGACCCCAAUUUUGAUGGUCUGAUCUACUGCGACAUCGAUCUGGAUAAGAUUGACUACGCAAAGACCUUGACUGACUGUGUUGGGCAUUAUUCGCGACCUGAUCUCCUACGCCUCGUAGUUGAUGAUCAGCCCAAGAACUACGUUGUUCGUGUAUCCGACGGACCUACCAAUACUCCCUAUCACACAGGAACAAGUGGUGAGACUUUACUAUCGGCUCAUAAGACGCUGGACGUGUUGAUCAGUGAGAAAGCAAAGCGAGAAGAAACUGAUUAA